CCACUUCAGAUGUCAAAGCAAAAAUAGAAAUGUUUGGAGGAAGGAAAACCAGCAAUAAUCAACAAGCAAAUCUUCAGCAAGAAAGUGACAUGGAACCUUCUCUCUUCUGUGGAUUAUUUUCAUGCCAUAAAAAGUCUAGAAAGGAAGAAAAGAGGGACAAGGAGCUUGAGACAAAUGUCAGUGAAAACAUUCAGCUUACUAAGUCACCACAACAUCAACAUGCCCUGUCUCAGACUGUGACAAGACAGUCUCAUGACGCACAAGCAGGUGGCAAGGUAAAAGCAAUGAAGGAGAAGCUAGAAAAAAUACAAUCAGAGGCAGAGGAAGGUGUCCAGAGAAAAGAGAUAAAAGGGAAAAAAGCCCCAACUGAAAAUUUGCAAAAGUCCCCAGCAGCCAGAACACCACAAAAGCAGCCUCAAGCACAAGGGCAGGUAGUGCCUGCAAGUGAACUGUGCUACUUCUGCCAUAAGCGAGUAUACCUCAUGGAAAGGCUGACAGCUGAAGGGUUCUUCUUCCACCAUAAGUGUUUCAAAUGCAGUUUCUGUCAGGUGGAGUUACGCAUAAUAAACUACGAAAGUGAAAGAUUGCGUGAUGGAAUAGUCAAUUUCUACUGUGCCCGACAUGCAGUCCCUGAAAAGCGAAUAGCAACAGGAAUAUACAGGAAGAGACCUCUUGACCGUACAAACACGCCUGAAGAGAAUGUGGCUGAAGAAGUUAAGACCUCAGAAAAGGGAGAACAGCGUUCAGAAGCGGCACAACAUAAGAAAACAACCACAAAAGCAGAAGAAACAAAACAUGAGCCGAUUAUCAGUUUAAGUCCUGCUGGUGAUGACAAAAACAAGGAUUUCACUGAUAGCACACAGAAAAAAGACAAAAAGAAGAAGGACAAGAAAAUCAAGUUCAAGAAAGGCAAAGAAAAUAAGACCACAAAGAAUUUGGAGGAGUCAGAUGGUGUGGAAGUGGCUGACAGAGAAAAAGGAGAAACAAACCUGCCAUCUCUCCCCCAGUUACGGCAGGCUUUGGAAAAGCUUCUGUCAAAAGCCCCCAAAAUCAAGACAAGUGGUGCUGAUAUUACGGACUUUGCAAGUUUUUUGCUGGAUGAGGAUGAAAAGUCAGAGAGCAGUAAAGAUCAAGCUUUGAAAAAGCAAGAGAAGAUGGUCACGCUGCAACAGAAACGAGCAGAGCAGCAGCGACUGUUUGCAGCACAGGAGAUACAAAGACGUCUGCAGGAAAUUGAUCUUCACAUGCAGGAGUUGGAGCAGCAAGGGAAACAAUUAGAGAAAGAAAUAAGAGAUAAAGGGACAGAUUAUGACAUUAAAGACCAGGCUAUGGGCAAAUGGAUGAACUUGAUCAAAGAGAAAAACAUUCUGAUGCGACAUGAAGCUAAACUUGUGCUCAGAGCCAAAGAACUGGAACUAGAAGACACCCAGACAAGAUUGCAGCUGAAACUAAAUGAGACAUCCAAGAAGCAAGAUAAAGAAAAGGCACCCAUGGAGCUUGCAGAAGAAAGACAAAUUAUCAAUGACUUGACAAAUGUUAUUAAACAGCGUAUUGCAUUAGGAACACAAUUAGAGGAUGACAAACACAGGAACAAAUCAGAGAGGAGGAUGAGGACCAGAGUGUUGAGGCAAUGAUGAAGGAAAAAGGUUUUUUACUGGUACCCCUGCCCUACUCCCACCAGCUGAAACUGGGCUCAAUUGAAAACCUGGCCAGUCCAUGACACAAAGACCACUUUGUUGUACAUUGACCAGUGUGAAUUUCCCAUCACAGCCAGAGGAUAAGAAACACAAGUCUUGAAGUUCAUCAUCCAGCAUAAAUAGGGAAACCUGCAUUUUUCAGGAAUCUUUUGCUGUGUUGUAAAAUUAAUGGUGACCAUGCAUUCACAGCCCUGCCUUCUGGAAGCAACAUCAUCUUUAUUUUUGUUUGUCUGGUUUGUUUUAUAUCCAAUUACUACAGACUUAUCGUUUUUUCUUGGUUUUUAAUCAGUGUCCUGACAUUUCAAACUUGUCAUCAAUUUCAACUCUGAUAAGUAAAUCAACCAACAAUUUGUAAAAACACAUUUUUUCAUAUAUACAUACUUUGUUUGCAUGUCUUCAAAAGAAAGCUGCUUCUUCACAAUCACGUGCAAGCAGGUUUUUUUGGAAAUAGUGGAUCGUUGUGUAUUGACAGAGCACACCUAUUUCAGCAGUCAUCGUAAAGACAUUUUUUAAAGUUGUAAAAGAGUGCAUUCACUUUCAAACAUAAAUUUAAGUGGUCUUUAUAACUUUUUUUUUAAUAUCUAGUCCUAGAUAUUACUUGGACAUAGGAGAGAUAAACAGAAUGCCAUCAAAAUCUGAGUGAUAAUAAUACAUAUUAAUGUCUAUUAUAAAAAUGUCUUUAAAAAUACAAAACUGUGUGUGUGUCUUAAUCAGAAUGUUCAGAGGUAAAUGAUCUUGAGAAAGCAUGUUGGUGGGUGGGAAGAUCGAGUUUGUGUGUUUGAAAUGUGUAUAUGUGUUCUAGUUGUUGUAUAUGUACAGGUGUAUAUAGAUAAGAUAUAUGGCAGAUGAGAAAACUACUGUUAAUUCAUAAAAAAAUGUUAUAUAGAGGAUAAGAUGUUUAUAUUUUCAAAGGUGCAAAUUUUUAAAUAAUAAAUAUGAAAUCAUGAAGAUUC